AUGGAUCACCUGGAUCUCACUGCCCGUCAGCAGCACUAUCUGAAAAAGGAACUCCUUUCGCAGCAACUUGAAGAUGAGAUUGCGCUCCUGUCAUCGCCGGCAGCGUUGUCCUCGUUUGGGCCUCCGUUUCGCUCCUCAGCGCUUGUUGAUCCAUCGCAGUGCCCGACGCCAAUUCUACGUUUUGUGUUCACGCGUUACGUACAAACCUUCCCGUUCCUGAAGAAAGUGAACCAGGAGGAAUUCUGGGGUGGCAAAGUCCAGGCCUUCUAUGAAGCCUUUCUGAAGAAGAACAUUUCGACUACAGACGAUCGUGAGGAGGAUACUAAGCGCAGAAUGAUGGGCUCCAAACUGGAAAAGAUGAUCGGUAUCAUGAUGAAUGCUGGGCUCAAGACGGCAAGUGGCCAAGAGGAAGGUAUCUCGGUGCUGGAAGCUGAGAAAAACUCGAAUGGAAAGUGGGCGAAGGACCAUGCAAGCGGAACCCAAGGGUUCAAGGUUAACGUGUGUGCCGUACGUAUGGAGAAGGAGAGAAGACACCUGAGGAAGCAAACACACGCCUACUUCUUGGUCAGGACAUCGCGUCCCUCGCAAUCGGAUGUCAUAACGGCUCAUCGCUAUGGUGACUUCUGUCGUCUGCACAAAGAAUUGACCGAAGAGUUCCCUGGGAAAGAGAUACCACGUCUUCCUCAAAAGAACAAAACGGCGACCUCAACUAGGCGCGACGGUACUUCGAAGGAUGACAAUGCAUCCAUCAACUCCUCUUCCAGCAAUGAAACCACCCCGCCGCCUUCACCGGGGAUUCAAAGCGCACCCGAAUCCUCAAUCAUCCCUAGAGAGAAGAACAGGCUGACCUUGCGCGCAUUUAUCCGAGCAUUGGUUCAUGACCCUCAGAUUGUGAGAUCGACAAAUUUGAUCAUGUUUCUUACCGCCGAUCCAAUUCAUCUUACCCCAGAUGAUAUUGAAGACGAGGCUCGACGGGCGGAGCUCGACGUGCUACGUACUACCGAGCUGUCGAAGUUCACACAAGUUGCUCAGGCUCGUGCUCGUGAAUUAGACGCCCAUAUGUCAACCUUCAAGAAGGAUCUGGUACAACGCGAUGGACUUUCGCGGGUUUUUAGGGCAAUCAAGGAAAAGGAUACUAUUGCUGAGCUACCGGAAGAAUACCAGAAGGUCGUCGAAUGGGCCAGGAUCGAGGUCGCGGCUACUAUCUACCAUCUUUUUGUCGCUCAAGACAAUUCAAGCGAAACAUUCGCAACAGCGAAGAGAGUGCAUGGGCUGAUGCCCUACAUGGUACUGAAAAACAUCAUCCGCUUUUCCAAUCCGAUGGCCAUGAUGAGGGGAAUUUUGGACCUUUUCUUGGCUACACCUUUCGGGCAAAAGGUGUCUCUUAUGCAACGGAUUUUCUCGAUGUCCCUGUCUGAGGAUAUAGGCGAAAUCAAGAAAUCCAUCAAUAUCUUGCAGAGCAAAAUUGGUGAUUCGGCGAUCUGCACAAAGCUCAAGCUUUUCGCCGAAGCUGCUCCUGAGUUACAAGAGUACGUGAGGGCUGAAGCUGUCGCAGAUGAUGUUGAUUUGAUGAUCGCGGUUAUGCGGAGCAAUAUUGGCGCUCCUCUGAAUUCUGUUCAGAUGCAGCGGGUACUUAUGGCUUAUGUUGCAUGGAACGAAGCCGUGGACUGUGAGCGCGUGGACGACGUUGAAGUCCAGGAGAGUGACGAGAAUGCGAAACUGUAUGCUUGGUUAAUUCAGUUAUUGAGAUUGGAAGUACGUCUGACCGACAAGCAAAGGCUUAAUGAGUUGCUUUUCGAGGGUGUCACGGGUGCACUUCUUAAGGACAUCUUCAGCAUCUUCUAUGAACCUUUGGCAAAGGUGUACAAAGCCGCGAGCAUCCAUAAUUCGAUCUCGGACUUUUCGGCAUUCAUGGACGAUUUGAUCAAAGUUGUCGAGCAAGCGGAAAGUCAGGACCUUGCGACGGAUCCGAAUAGGCUUGUUCAGUCCUUUAUCGACCUGUGUGCACGUCAUCAAGAAAGUUUCUACCGUUUCGUGCAUCAGGUACAUAAGCAUGACACGGAGGGCUUGUUCGAUGCCCUAAUGCGAUGGAUCGAGUUGAUUUUGAUGCUCCUGCGUGAGGGGUUCCCUCAACGAAUUGACUUGGCUCUUUUGUUCACAGAGGAUAUCGACAGGCAGAAGGCUCUGCAAGAAGUUGAUACCCUUAUUCAAUGGAAUGGUGAUAGGAAGCUGUGGCGAGAAGCCCGUCUUCGUGCAAAGCUCGCUGCUAUGGACGAUGGCACAGUUCCCACGAGCCGAAUCAAGGCCUCGGAUUUCGGAUUGGAUGAGGCCGAUGUGGAGGAACUUGCUUACGGCGAGGAUGAAGCCGAUGCCACCACUAUGGCAAGGGAGCAGGCUUUGGAGGAGGCAGACCCUGUAGAAGCAGAACGUCGCCGGCGUCAGAAGAUGAAGAAGCUUAACGAAGUUGGAAAGCACGGUGAACCGGUCAAGCCUCUUGUGCAUGAGAUCCGCAAGAUGCAUUCUGGGUUCGAGCAAAGGAUCAGAGAUAUUCUGAAUGAUGCCCUUUCAAGUGACUAA